AUGCACGCAGACGUCGGAUACCACCACAGGCCAGUGGCUAAAAGGACCUCCCUCUUGAAAGACACAUUUGGAAAGAACACAUUACGGAGAAAGUGCUGUCACCGUCCUGGUAUAAGGGACGACAUGAUGAGACGUCGAAUCAAAGAGCAAACUACUAUGUCCCGCUGUAGGAAAAGGCCAAGGCGUGGAGGCUGA